CAAUUCAAUGUGAUGGUGGUUGGAUUUGCUGGUGUAGGAAAGACUGCUUUUCUUCGUACUUUUCUCGAGGCCCUGCAACAUCUCCAUGGUGCAUCUCCAGAAACCGAUGAUGAGAUCACCGCACUUCAACCCACCAAGCUACCCUCGACCGUCUCUGUCAACAUUGAUUCUGGCGGAGAACGGCUGACCUUACGCUUAAUUGACACACCUGGUCUAAGUACGGGAUAUCAAAUGGAUAAAGAACUCCAGGACAUACUAGGCUAUAUUGAACACCAGUUUGAUUUGACUCUCACAGAGGAAAGCAAAGUAAAGCGAAAUCCAAAGGCCGUCGAUUCACAAAUUCACGCCUGCCUUUAUUUUAUCGAUCCCUCAAAGACAAAGCUUGACGAGCACGAUGUUCGAAUCAUCACCCGCCUUUCGAACCGAGUGAAUGUUAUUCCUGUCAUCGGCAAAGCUGACACUCUUACUGCUGCUCAACGUAGAAGACUCAAACCUGCCAUUCUUCAAUCGAUUUACAACGAAGCCACAAAGAUUCCCCUUUAUGGUAUUCCCGAAGACGAAGAAGAAGACGAAGAAGACGAAGAAGAUGAAGACGAUAAAGAGACCCAGUGUGUGUUGGAUUACCUGCACCAGAUUCCAUUUGGGGUUAUUGCCUAUGAAGAAGACCCCGAAACCGGAAAGCCUUUAGAAACUCAGAAUAGCGCAAUUAAGAUUGGAAGAGACUACGGCUGGGGUGUGAUUGAUUGCCUGAGUGACAAGGACAGCGAUCUCUAUAGCCUGAUGGAAGUCUUAUUACACACACACCGGGAUAUCCUCAAGAGCGAAACAAUCGAACGGUACUAUGAGCAGUAUCGAACCGAGAAACUC